AUUCAAUUAUGAUGGUCAGUUUAUUUACUUUUAUUACGAAAGAAUCAGUGAGAAAAACACUGGCAGCACUUAUCGCCAGGCACACGUUAGUGUGGUUAAUGUUUUACAAUGUUCGAACAAACACAUUACACAGUAACGUAGAAUGUACACAAAUGCUCCAUGGGCCAGUCGAGGGAUUGCACCAUCGAUAGGAAAUCAACAUUUAGGCAAGGUAUAAUUUAGUAAGUCGUUUUCAAAGAUAGUUUGUAAAUGAGGUAGCUAUAUGCUGUGCAAUCGUUGUGCGCCCUAACCAAACUUAGAAAGAGUCGUUAAUUAUUUACGGCAUCAAACCGCAAAACAACAUUAGCAAAAGGUCUUUAAACAUUUAGUGGAUAGGAUUGUAGACUGUAGGUGUAGACUUUACUACAACGCUCUAUUAUUCACACUGCUGUCAUAAUAGCGCAUGUGAAGUGGUUAAUUGGUAUAUGUUUAUUUUCCUGUAACAAUAUUGUACAGACUGCAAAGUGAAAAGCAUUUAAAACUGAUUUGCUGUGGUGCCUAUAGCCUAAUCAUGAAAGUAAUUUGCGCUGGCUUGUCCAAGACUGGCACGAAAACGAUGACUUGCGCACUGCGAGAUCUUGGGUAUAACGUAUACGACUUCAUGGAAAACUUUACGUACCUUGGUGACGAAUGGCGGAAAAUUUUAACUACAGGAGGAACGACCGAAGAUUUUCGAAGAAUGUUCGAGAAUGUAGAUGCGGUUUCGGAUCUCCCCGGCGCUUAUUAUUGGGACGAAAUCCAUAAGGCUUUCCCGGAUUCUAAAAUUAUAUUAAUGAUGAGAGAAAAUGAAGUAGUUUGGUACAAAAGUUUGAUGAACCAAGUUAAAGCUGGGCAAAAUUUCAUCUUUAGAUUGAUGCCUUACAUUUCGAUUGCCGGGUGGCAGUUCACGAGUUACACAGCGUUAAUGGGACCUGCAAUUUGGGGGGUGGAGUAUCAAAGCAAUUUGUUUAGAGAACCAGAACUAAACGAAAUGCAAAUGCGCAUGACAUACCGCCGUCACAAUGCUUAUGUUUUGCAGGCAGCACCAAAAGAUAAACUGCUAGUAUACAGUGUAAAAGAUGGCUGGGAGCCACUAUGUAAGUUUCUUGGUGUCCCGGUUCCUGACAAACCAUUUCCGCGAAAAAACGUCCGUGGUAAUAUUGUGGAAGAGCUGAUGCAAAACGACCCUGUUUUCAUUCGUAUUCAGAGAGAAAUAAUGUUUUCGUCUUCUCUGAUGGCAGUAUUGCUAUUUUACGGUCUAUACCGAUGCGGAAAAUUUGCUUGGUACAACGACUGGCCAAGCACGCUGUCCCGAUUUCGUGAUUUAAUUCCUUCGUUUUACUUAAAAUAAAUUUUGUUUUAAUUAAA